UAGUCGCUACUAAUAUAAUAUAUUUGUUUAAUGUAGUUUUCUAUUACUUUGCUUAAUUUUUUUAAAAUUGUUCUUGUAGUUUCAGUCGCUUCAAGUUCUGUAGUUUUUAAUGAUAUGACAAAAUAUCAAAUACUUUCAAAAAUGAAAAUUCAAAAAUCCUGAAAAAGUGAAAACGAAGAUAAUAAUACUUGUCGUUUGAAAAAACAAUACGAAAUGACAACUGCUAUACCACGUUGUAUUAAUGUUGCUGUUGUGGGACUUUCUGGCGCAGAGAAAGACAAAGGAGCAGUGGGAGUUGGUAAAUCAUGUCUAUGUAACAGAUUCAUGAAAUUAUCAUCUGAUGACUUUAAAGAUGAUCAUAUUUCUUUAUUAAGCAAUUCUGAUUUUAGUGGACGAGUUGUAAAUAAUGACAAUUUUUUAUACUGGGGAGAUGUUAUAAAAACGUCGGAAGAAGGUACUGAUUACAUGUUUCGUGUCAUCGAACAAACUGAAUUUAUAAAUGAUUCAACAUUUGAACCAUUUCAUGGAGUUAAAAUGGACCCAUAUAUCAAACGCUGUGUGGCUACUAAAAUUGAAUCACCUGAAAAAUUAAUGUAUAUAUGUAGAAGCCAAUUAGGUAUAGAAGAAAAAUAUGAACAAAAAGUGUUACCUCCCGGUGAAUUCAAUGUUGAUGGUUUUUUAUGCGUAUUUGAUGUCAGUGUAGUACCGGGUCGUAGUAUAGUAAAACAACUAGAAACUGUAACUAAUAUAUUAAAAAAUAUAAAAAACACAAAAAAACCCGUGGUAUUAGUAACUACAAAAAAUGAUAAACUCAAUGAAGCAUAUGUUCAAGAACUUCAAAAACUUGUAUCUCAUAAUGAAUUUAAGAAAGCUAUACCAUUUAUUGUUGAAACAUCUGCUUAUCUGAAUGUUAAUGUUGAUGCCGCUUUUAUAGCUCUAGCACAUAUUAUUGAUAGAUUUAAAUGCCGUACAAAAAUAGUUCCUUAUUUGGAAUCUGUUAAAAACGGCUACUGAUGCAAACCAGACGUUGGUACAAUUAUAAGUAAAUACAGAAAUGUUUAUCAUUUCUGUUUACAUAGUACCUAAGUACAAAAUAUUUUUUUCAAAUUAACUUUUGGGGUAUUUAUAAAUUAUAUUUUUUUAAUAGCUAAUCUUACACAGUUACACUAUUAAAUGGAAUUCACUUUUAAUUAGUAGAUGAACCUAUAAACCUACAUUUUUAUUUCAAAUUAUUUUUUAUUAUAAUUAACUGUGUUUGUGUAUUUACUUGUUACUUCGU